UGGGGGUAUUGCUAUGAAACACCCUUUGCCCUCAAUUCGCGCAAAAAUAUCAACGACAAAGAGAGACCCCCGAAACAAACAGAAAACAAAUUGAACACAACUACAUCUCCUCCAACCAUGAAUGUCGGUGCCGGCGAAGAUUCUCCGGCGAAUGCCGUGUCCCAGUGGACACACACCGCCUCUCGCCGCUACCAGCACCUACUCGACAAAUCGACACCGCACGUUCUCCGCCGUUGGAUCGGAUUCGCGGCGAUUGUGUUCAUAUACGCGCUGCGCGUCUACUUCGUCCAAGGCUUUUAUAUUAUCACUUAUGGACUAGGUAUAUAUAUUCUUCAGCUUUUGCUUGCGUUUUUGUCUCCUCAGGUGGAUCCGGAGAUCCACGACGGGCCGGGUCUUCCCACCCGCGGAUCCGAUGAGUUUCGCCCGUUUGUGAGGCGCCUUCCGGAGUUUAAGUUCUGGUAUUCACUAAUUAAAGCAUUUUGCAUUGCUUUUGUGCUGACAUUCUUUAGUGCAUUUGAUGUGCCUGUAUUUUGGCCGAUUUUGCUGUUCUAUUGGAUUGUGCUUUUCAUCUCGACCAUGAAGAGACAGAUAAUGCACAUGAUAAAGUACAGAUAUGUCCCUUUCACCUUUGGCAAGCAGCGUUACACUGGUAAGAAAGCAGCUGCCAACGAUGACGCAGAUACUGUAGUCAGGCCUUGAGGCAUCAUCUUAUGGACAUUGUAAUGCAGAAUACACAUGUUUAGGGUACAAGUGUCUAGAGAAUAGUGGGGUGGGGAUGAAAACCAGAAGUAAUUGUAAGGAUUGAAGCAUUAAAUUUUAAUUGUUAAUUGCAAAUUUUUCUCUUGAAGUUGGCUUAUGAGGAUCAGAUUAUAAUUCCUUUUUCGA